AUGCAAGCGGUACAUCGUUACCAGAUUGCUGCAUACAUCGACUCUCACGAAACUAUUCCAUUCGAGGAGCUAUCCAAAAGAUCUGGACUGAAUCUCGUAGACCUAAGGAGAAUUCUGCGGCUAGUCAUGACACGGCGAGUCUUUUGCGAACCACGUCCAGAUCAUGUCGCACAUACCGCUGCUUCCUGGCUCUUAGUGGAAGAUAGCCGAGUUCGUGACUUGUCUGGAAUCAUAUGUGAUGAGCGAUUUCCAGCAUCUGCACGAGUUGUCGAUGCUUUGAUGAUGUACGGCCAACCGCAAUCUCCCGCAGAAUCUGGUUUCUCCCUUGCCAACCAGACCAAACGCGGGCUCUACGAAGAGCUAAAGCACUUUCCCGCGCGACAAGCGCGCUGGACUUUGGCCAUGAGUGCCAUGGCUCAAAAGAUCGACUUCGAUUACAUUUUGGAGAACUUCCCGCUUCGGUCCAAUGAAACUGCCACGGUGGUGGACGUUGGGGGCGGGAACGGAACCAUCAGCCUUGGACUUGCGCGGAGACUCCCAAACGCUACAUUUUUGGUUCAAGACGCACCAGAUGUUAUACACGACGCCAAGGUGCCCGAGGAUCUGCAAAGCCGUAUCAUGUAUCAGGCUUACAACUUCUUUCAGCCGCAACCCGUUUCGGGUGCGAGGGUCUACUAUUUUCGUAACGUCUUCCACAACUGGCCUGAUGACACUUGUGUUCAGAUCUUGAAGAACCACGUUGGAAUCAUGGAGGGGCACACGAUCUUGGUCAUCGAUGACUUUGCUCUUCAUGAGCCACUCACGGUGUCACCGUACGAAGAGAGGAGACGACGGAACAUGGAUAUCACUAUGUUGACAUACUUUGGAUCCAGGGAGCGCACAAUCCGUGAGUGGGGAAAACUUUUAGCAAUGGCAGAUGUACGAUUCAGGCUGCAAGGGGUUGCGCAGCAUGGGAAACAACCAAACACCAUUCUCGAAGUUGGCUGGAGUGUGUGAUUGACUCUUUAAUUUUGGGUAGAGAUCUUUGACAUGCUGAGUGCUCUUUGGUUCAACCUGAGUAUCCAUGGGCACGCAUGCAGGGGUUGGGAUGACAAUGCUAUGUUGGAAGUAGAGUUCCAAAUUAAGAGAAUCAGGCCUAGUGUGUCGAUGGAACAGAUAUAUAGAUAAUCCCAAGCCCACCUCCUCGAUU